UCUCUUACCUCUCUGUAUAAUAAAUCACAAGCUAAGCUUCUAUUAAGAUUCAAACACUAAAGAUGGAGGUCGAAAGAAUUUCUGAAGACUUCAUAAAACCUUCUUCACCAACACCACUUCAUCUCAAAACCUUCAAAAUUUGCCUGCUAGAUCAAUUCAUGACACCCGCCUAUGUUCCCAUGAUCUUUUUCUAUCCAAAUAAUGAUCUUGCCAGCAAUGAUCUCAAUCUGAUGAUCACUAAACGAUCUUUAUUGCUUAAAAAAUCCUUGUCGGAAAGCUUAACUCAGUUCUAUCCACUCGCCGGUAAGCUUAAAGACGAUAUUUCCAUCGACUGUAAUGACGAAGGAGCAUACUACGUAAAUGCGAGAGUUCAUAAUAUUACUCUCUAUGAUUAUCUGGAGCAUCCUCAUCUCACUUCAAUGCAUAAGCUAUUGCCGAUACGGGAAAUUCUUUUCACCCAAUCGCCACCCGGAUCACACGUUGCUAUGGUACAAGAGACCACCUUUGCAUGCGGUGGCGUGGCUGUCGGGGUUUCGGUAUCUCACAUGCUCAUGGAUGGAAUAUCUGCGUCUCGCUUCGUUAAACAUUGGGCCGCCGCUGCCACUGCCACAGCUGGCUAUUUGCCGAACUUUGAUGCAUCUGUCUCUAUGUUUCCUCAGUUUCAUCCGUUUCCGAAGCAGGCGAAUUACAACUCGCUCAUGGCUCCAAUUUGCAGAAUCGGCAAACUCGGUACGAGAAGGUUCGUGUUCGAUGAAUCAUCUCUUUUGGCCCUGAAAGCUGAAUCAAGAGUCGAAAAUGCUACUCGUGUUGAAGCGGUUUCCGCGCUUCUUAUGAAAUGCAUUAUGUCCGUGUUUAAGACGUGCAGGUCGGGUAUCGAAAAACCAGGUUUGAGUGUUCAUCCUGUAAACCUACGAAGGAGAGCUACGCCGCCACUAUCAGAUGGUUUGAUAGGGAAUUUGAUAUGGUCAGCAGCUGCAUUAGUAAAACCUGAGGAAACAGAUUUAGCUACUUUAAUUUGGGGUUUGAGGGAAGCCAUCAAAAAACUGGACAGCGAAUUGGUGAAGAAGAUCCAAGGUGAUGAAGGAUUCUUCAAGCUGUAUGAGAAAGUAAAAGAAAUGGGAAAUUUGAUUGGCAGAAAUGGAGGAGGAGUGGAUGGUGUUUUGUUUAGCAGUUGGUGUAACUUUGGUCUGUACGACAUUAAUUUUGGGUGGGGAAAACCGAUAUGGACAUCGUUUGUUGGGUCAUCAGGUGGUAAUAAUGAAAUUCCAUUUCUGAAUACAGUUGUUCUAAUGGAUGGAACAACCAAGAAAGGGAUGGAAGCGUGGGUGUUUCUGAGUGAAGAUGAGUUAGAUUUGCUGGACAAAGAUGAGCAUCUGCUUUCAUUUGCUUCUCUUAAUCCAACACUUCCAUUCUCUUUAUAGUAAUUGGGUGAAUAUGUUUUUUUUU